AUGUGCCACGGCCACCCUCACUACCACCCCUGCUCUCACACAUCGGUCAAAUGGCUGUACUGUCCGGAGGCCAUGUUCGAUCUGGACACGGGAUAUGAGACACCCUGCUCGAACCCGAUCUACUCCACACCGCAGCCAACCAAUGUCGAUUGUCCCCUGCAGAAUUGCAACUUCAAAGCCUUAAUGGGGAGCUGGAAUUGCUGCGUCUGCGGGAAAGGUCCUAACACUCAGGGGUGGUGCACCUCAUUGGGUCGUAGGACGGACUGGAAUCCCCUAACGAGAAAGGUUGAGGAGAUGGAGAUGCCUUCGACGCCACGAGGCGCGAGUCCGGAGAUAUCGUUUGCAGAAGUUCGCAAAUCAAAGAGCAGCCGCAAGGCUCAUAAUACCGGGCGAGGCUCCAUACACAAGCGAGGAACAGCGUACGACUUGAGCCACAACAACGGAAGUUGUCCUACCGUACCAGAGGAAAACGAACCGAUCAUCUCGUCAACAACAACUUCAAAAUCCCAGGGACCUUGCCGACUAAGCCACGACGCGAGCGCCGAAUACCACAAGAAGCCGAAAGCACAGAACGGGAAGAAGAAAUCACAUAACAAAGCUCGCGCCCAUCAUUGA